AUGGCCGGGAAGGUUGCGCAACCGCUGGUGCCUCCCGCCACCGGGCUGACUGUAGGAGAGGAAUCCACACUGUCGGCGUCGUUGGUGAACUCCUUCAGAGUAAUAGCUGUAGUCGAUAGAUUGGCCUUGCAUCUGCAACCUGGCCGAGAAAAUAACUCCAGCGAGUUCUUCGGCCUCUGCCUCUCCCUCGCUCGAGGCAUUGAUUAUGCUGUGGCAAACAAUGAGUUACCCUCCAAAGUUCAAGAUCUACCUUUGCUGCUGAAACAGGUAUGCAGGCGCAAGAAUGAUCCCUUACUGGAGGCAGCUAUCAUGGUGCUGAUGAUUUCAGUCAAGAAUGCUUGUAAAGUUGGGUGGUUUUCAGAUCGAGAGACCCAAGAGCUCAUUUCUCUGUCCAGUGAGAUUGGGAACAGCUUUCGUAGUUUUGGAGAUACACUGGAUGCCUCUGGUAGUCCUCACUCCACUGUCUCUACAGUUUUAUCCAGGUACUAUCCUAAGAUGAAAAUGGGAGAGAUUCUUGUAUCCCUUGAAGUGAAGCCUGGUUUUGGAGCAUAUGUUCAGGAUUUUCAUAUCUCAAAGAAGUCAAACCAUUCCCCCCAUGAAAAAAUACGGCUGUUUGUGGCCCAGACAGAUGGCAUGGACACAUCAGCUUGUAUUAUAAGUCCACAACAAGUGAACUUUCUAUUGAAUGGAAAAGGAGUCGAUAGAAGAACCAACAUUCAACUGGAUUCCGGGCCACAGCUGCCAACUAAUGUGACUGGAAUGCUAAAAUAUGGAACAAAUCUUCUCCAAGCUGUUGGCACCUUCCAUGGAAAUUAUGUAAUAAUUGUCGCCUUUAUGAGUACUGUGCAAUUGCCUGAUCCGCCAGUGCUGCUAGAUUAUGUCCAGUCCAGUUCUACUCUGUCAGAUCCAGACUCUGACAUAAUCGAGGGGCCUUCACGGAUUUCACUUAACUGCCCCAUAAGCUUUUCAAGGAUCAAGACUCCAAUCAAAGGGAGUUCGUGUAAACAUCUUCAGUGUUUCGAUUUUGGAAACUACGUUGAGAUAAAUUCAAAGCGACCAUCUUGGCGCUGCCCACACUGUAAUCAAAAUGUCUCUUACGCCGAUAUUCGCGUCGAUCAGAACAUAUUUAAGGUAUUAAAAGAAGUGGGGGAGAAUAUCACUCAUGUGAACAUAUCAGCCGAUGGAUCUUGGAAGGCUGUCAUGGAAACUGAUGAUAACGGACCUCAGGCACCUCCAAGACAGAGAGAAACUCCUGAGCAGCCAGAAUCCUCCAAUGCGGAGUCACCUGCCACUCCCAUGAUUCUGGAUCUUACUGAAGGCGAUGAUCUAAUGGAUGAGUUAUUAAGCAAUUGUGACACUGAAGAGCAUAAACCUUCUCCGGCUUCUUUUCUUGGUCAAACUCUGCCACAUUUGGACGAUCACUCUACUUCUCAAAUGGGAGAUUGGGCCAAUGCGUAUUUCCCUGCCACUACCAUAACUUCCCCUGUGAUAAUGGAUACAUCUUCCACUGUGCUUAAUAUGGAUUCCAGUGCUCAGCUUGCUCCUCUAGCAACCGAGAAUAACACCGGGAUGAGAUAUGUUGGGGUACCUGCCAACAGAGUCCCAACAGCAAUUCAGGCCCUCCCAGCUACAUUUAUGCACCAUCAAACACCGAGAAUGAACAAUAGUAUAAACAACGUGAACUCCACGGGCGGGUUGUCAUCUGUCAGUUCUAGUUUGCCUCCAUCAGCAUCUGCAAGUGGUUAUACUAAUGACAUGUUCCAGCGGUUCUCUAGAUCCCAGACUGCUCUUCCUCACGUUUCUGGGCUUGCUUCAGCUAUGCUUCGUCAAACUCCAUUGCAGAACGUGAACCAUCAAGCAAGGUACGUCAACAGUCCAAGUCCUCGUCCAGCUGCUGGUUUAACCUCUGGUUCGCUCCCAGGUGGUCAGAGAGUAUCAUCCUCACCCACGUCUCUUCCCCGUCCAGCUGCUGGUUUAACCUCUGGUUCAAUCCCAGGUGCUCAAAGAGUAUCAUCAUCACCCACACCUCUUCGGAUGCCUUCACCCGCAAGUCAUCCCACUAUUGUCCGGACACCAUCUCCUUUAUCACGAGCUUCAACUUUCCAAGCGGCUCAAGCCAGCAGCUCUGUUCCACGACCACAAGCCAGGCCGGUGUUGGCGGGUUCCCAGCAGCAAGCAGCAGCAUCACCCCAUAUGAUACCUACUAGACAGCCUCCAGUAGUCCCGGUUCAAAUGCAAUCAGCCCGAGCUCCACAUGCAGCACAUUCUCAAACAGCUACUCCUACAACAUCCUCACCUACUGUCCCAUCAACCGAACAGAGCUGGCGGCCAAGUGGCAAAAUGCGUGGAAGUCUGCAAGGUCGGAACAUGGACGAAAUUAUGAGCUUGCUUCAGACCACCCAACAGACACCAACCGGAGGAACACCGUCGAGUUCAAUGCUGUCUGAGGCCACCAUAGCACCGCACCUUCGGGGUCUAUUCGAGAAUAGCCCAAGAUAA